CUACAUUACAAAAAGCGGACAAAUAAAACUCCUUUCAGUAAUCGCAAUGAGUUUGUCAUUCUACUCUCAGGAUGAUAUACGUAGGCCUUUGGAUAGUGUGAACAUUUCUGUUUCAGUUAAUAGAUCUAGCCAAGUGUUUCGGGACAUUUCACCACUUUCGAAUAGAUUUUCCAAAUUUUUAAAAGAGCAUUGCAAAGAAGAUGAAAGCAAUAAAGUUGAGCCUUGGUUCAAAACUAAUGAAUCUCUUUAUAACAAAAAAAUUAUUGUUCCCAAAACGUCUUUCAGUGAUUCAAGUGGUCCAGUAAACACGUCUGUGAUGGGUUCCCACGAAGUUCCAAAGCUCAGUAAGGAAACCGGUCUCCUAAAAAACCAAUUUUUGCUUAUACGCAAUAGUUUAAAAUUGCUGAAGUCUCAGGUUGACAUCUUUAUGAAAAUAAGAAAUACAGAAACUUUGAGAAUGGAAGAACAAGGGCAAGAAACAAUAAGAAAUGAGCUGAAAUUUUUAUUAGACUGGCUGGAGCCCAAAAUACCAGAACACAGGGUGCAAAAACAAGAUCCUAUUUCUCGUGAAUCUCCCAUGGUCGUGGGUGAAGCAAAUAAAUCCUAUGAGGCACCAUACAACAUUACUGACUUGAAACAAGACGUAAUUAAGUUGUCGGACUCAAUGCAGGAAGAGUCUUCUUUGACUAUAAACCAUUUCAAUGAAGCGAAUAACUUACAAGCAUUUAUGAGGAAAAUGGAGAAUGAAUUGGAUCACUUAACAGACCAGCUCAAAGUUUUAGAAGAAAGGAUAGAAGCUUUCGAACAGUUGAACUGGUCAGAAUUACUGAAUAACUUUCGUAUAAAAGUUCAAGAGCAGACGGUAAAACUAUGCAUGUCGUACAUUGUCAGAGAAUUGGACAAGGAUAUUUUUGAAGCAUAGUAUCGAAGAAGGUCAAAGAACAAAGAGUUUCCACAAUGUAUGUUGUAUUUUCCAAUGAGUGUCGCAGAAUAAAAGAAUGAUUGCUUUUAAAAAAGAGUACAUUUAUCAAAGGUGAAUACGCAUUUUCAUACUUUGACUCAAUUCUAUGGAGCUAAAAACUUUUUAAAU